AAAAUAAUUACACAUUACAUUAAAAGGGUGAACGACACGUUGCACUGAUAGGAAACCCAAUGACGAUAACGUCAACAUAAUCCAAGCUUUUAUUGUGAAGGCACAUCACCGGAAAUGGCAUGAACAUUUUAGCGAACUCGACACUUCUGUCCCGCUGUCUAAAAUCGAUAAGUGAUUGGUUUUCUUGAUGGUUAAGAUUUUGUGGGUCUAGUAACGUGCUCACAGAAGGGCUUCAACAUGGCAUUGAAAAGGAGGAGGGCGACAUCCCCCUCUAGCAGUGUGAGUGGAGGAGAUUUUGAGGAUAGCCAGACUUCAUCGUUAGUCUCUUCAAUUGGGAGAAAGAGGAGAAGGACCUCAAACAUUCCAACUGUGGAUCCUAUUGCUGUAUGUCAUGAACUGUACAACACAAUCAGAGAUUACAAGGAUGACCAGGGCAGGAUGCUGUGUGAGCUCUUCAUCAGGGCCCCCAAACGAAGGAAUCAACCAGACUAUUACCACGUGGUGUCUCAGCCAAUCGACAUGAUGAAGAUCCAGCAGAAGUUAAAGAUGGAGGAGUAUGAUGAUGUUGAACAGCUCACCAGUGACUUUCAAUUGUUAUUCAACAAUGCAAAAACGUACUACAAGUUUGAUAGUCCUGAGUACAGGGCAGCCUGUAAACUGUGGGACCUUUAUCUGCGGACCAAGAAUGAAUUUGUUCAGCGAGGGGAAUAUGAAGAGGAUGAUGAAGAUGGCUAUGACGCACAAGACAACCCUGGAGGAUCGACUGAGGAUGAGAGUGCACCCACCUGCCUUAAAGAGGUCCUUGAGCAGCUUCUCGAUGCCGUGGUGUCUUACAUCGAACCCACUGGCCGUCUGGUCAGCGAGCUCUUCCAGAAGCUUCCCUCUAAAAUGCAAUACCCAGACUAUUAUGCCAUCAUUAAGGAACCAAUAGAUCUCAAAAUCAUUGCCCAGAAAAUCCAGUUGGGGCAUUAUAGGAGUAUUGGUGCCAUGGCAAAAGAUAUUGAUUUGCUGGUAAAGAAUGCUAAAACUUACAAUGAGCCAGGAUCACAAGUGUUUAAGGAUGCGAACACCAUCAAAAAGAUUUUUGCACAAAAGAAGUCAGAGAUGGAACACGGAGAACCAAUCAAGUCCAGCAUGCGUAUCAGGAAUAGAAGGUCUGCCCAGGGAGACCGCCUCUCAGCUAUCACCAUGGCUCUUCAGUAUGAAAGUGAUGAGGAAGGCAUUCUUUGUGGUUCAGUGCACUAUGACGAGGGGGAAUCUGAGGCGGAGAGUCUGACCUCUAACAUGGAAAUGAGUAACCCCAUCUUUCAGCUGUACGAGGCAGUGCGAGGUGCCAGGAACAGCCAUGGCCAGCUGAUCUCUGAGCCUUUCCUGCAGCUGCCCUCCAGAAAGGACUACCCCGACUACUACAACCAGAUCAGUCAACCCAUUUGCCUCCACCAGAUCAAGAACAAGAUGAAGAACAAUGAAUAUGAGAGUGUUGAGCAUGUUGACUCUGAUCUGACGCUGAUGUUUGAGAACGCCAAACGCUACAAUGUUCCUCAUUCCUCCAUCUACAAGCGAGCACUUAAACUCCAGCAGAUUCAGCAGAUGAAGAGGAAGGAGCUCUUACAGAGAGAUGAUGAUGAUGGAGACAGCAUGCUCUCCUCUGCCACGUCUGACACCAGCAGCACAAAAAGAAAAAGCCACAAGAAGAACACAAAGAAGAACCGAAUGAAAACUCUCCUAGCUUGUGUGACUGAGUCGCGUGAAGCUGGCACAGGUCGCAGACUGUGUGACCUCUUCAUGGUGAAACCCUCAAAGAAAGACUAUCCCGACUACUACAAGGUCAUCCUGGAACCCAUGGACCUCAGGAAUAUAGAGCACAACAUCCGCUCGGACAAAUACAUGACUGAAGACGCGAUGGUGGAGGACAUGAAGCUGAUGUUCCGCAAUGCUCGACACUACAACGAAGAAGGUUCACAGGUUUACAACGAUGCUGAUGUCCUGGAGAAGAUUAUGAAAGACAGACGCAGAGAUCUUGGGCCUGCGACGGAUGAUGAUGACAUAAUGUCACCAAAGUUGAAAAUAAGAAAGAACAGUAUCCCACUGAAGAAGUCAAAGUACCUAACACCUCUACAGCAGAAGUUGAAUGAGCUCUACGAGGCUGUCAAGAACUACACAGACAAGCGAGGCCGGCGCCUCAGCACCAUCUUCCUUCGGCUGCCGUCUCGUUCUGAGCUGCCUGAUUACUACAUUGCCAUCAAGAAACCUGUGGACAUGGAGAAGAUAAAAAGCCACAUGAUGUCUAACAAAUACCAGGAUGUUGACGCUCUGGUGGAGGACUUUGUGCUCAUGUUCAAUAACGCCUGCACCUACAAUGAGCCAGAGUCUCUGAUAUACCGUGACGCUCUCGUGUUGCAUAGGGUGCUGUUGGAGACUAGGCGGGACCUGGAGGGAGGAGAUGACACCCAUGUGCCUGAUGUGCCGCGUCUCAUCCAGGAACUCAUCCGAAGCCUCUUUGUGUCUGUGCUAGGCCACCAGGAUGAUGAGGGACGAUGCUACAGCGAUUCACUAGCAGAAAUUCCCGCCUUAGAUCCAGCAAAUCCUGAGAAGCCAGGACUCAAUUUUGAGAUUAUCAGGACUAAUGUAGAUCGGGGCCGUUAUAAGAGGCUGGACGUGUUUCAGGACCACAUGUUUGAAGUGCUGGAAAAGGCCAGGCGAUUAAACAGGACAGAUUCAGAGAUCUUUGAAGAUGCAGUGGAGCUGCAGCAGUUUUUCAUCCGCAUCAGAGAUGAGCUGUGUAAAAAUGGAGAGAUCCUGAUGUCUCCUGCUCUCAGCUACACGUCCAAACAUCUGCACAGUGAUGUGGAAAAGGAAAAAAAGGAGAAGCUUCCCAAGGAGUUUGAGGAAGACAAAAUCAAGAGGGAGGAGGAAAAAAGGGAAGCUGAAAAGAGAGAGGACUCUGCUGGAGGCUCGUGGCAGUCCACCCUGCAGCGCACAUACAGUCAGGACUGCAGUUUCAAAGACAGCAUGUACCACGUGGGGGACUAUGUGUAUGUGGAGCCUGCAGAGCCCAACCUGCAGCCACAUAUCAUCUACAUUGAACGGCUUUGGCAGGACGACACAGGUGAGAAGUGGCUGUACGGCUGCUGGUUUUACAGACCAAAUGAAACAUUCCAUCUCGCCACAAGGAAGUUCUUGGAAAAAGAAGUUUUUAAGAGCGAUUAUUACAACAAAGCUCCUGUCAGCAAGAUUCUCGGCAAAUGUGUGGUCAUGUUUGUGAAGGAGUACUUCAAACUUAACCCAGAGGGCUUCAGAGCUGACGACGUCUAUGUCUGUGAGUCACGCUACUCUGCCAAAUCCAAGUCCUUCAAGAAGAUCAAAAUGUGGACCAUGCCUCUGAGCUCGGUCCGCUUUGUUCCCAGAGAGGUUCCUCUGCCUGUUGUCCGUGUGGCGUCCAUGUUUGCCCCUAAACAGGAGGAAAAACCACAGGAGAUGACUGAUGAAAGCAAAAUGACAGAUGUUGUUGUAGACAAGGAGAGGGAGGAUGUUCCAAUGGAUAUGACCAAUGGGGAGCCAGGAUGUCAGUAUUAUGAGCAGCUCUGCUACAACAACAUGUGGCUGAAAGCAGGAGACUGUGUUUACAUUGGUUCACAUGGACUAGUGCGCCACAGAGUGGGCAGGAUUGAGAAAAUGUGGAUGCGAGAUGGAGCGGGCUACUUCUUCGGUCCAAUCUUCAUCCAUCCUGAGGAAACCGAGCACGAGCCCACCAAGAUGUUCUACAAGAAGGAAGUGUUCUUGAGCAACCUUGAGGAGACCUGUCCUAUGACCUGCAUCAUAGGAAAGUGUGUGGUGUCAUCAUUCAAGGACUACCUGUCCUGUCGGCCAACUGAAGUUCCUGAAGAGGCUGUUCUGCUCUGUGAGAGCCGCUACAUUGAGAGUGAGAAGCAAAUGAAGAAGUUCAAAGGUCUGAAGCGCUUUUCUCUCUCUGGAAAAGUGGUGGAGGAUGAAAUCUACUAUUUUAGGAAGCUCAUUGUGCCCCAGAAGGAGCCAUCCCCUCUUCUUGAUAAGAAAAUCGAAGAACUUGAGGCUAAAUUUGCUGAUAUGACGGAUGAGGAGUUGGAGGAUCUUGGCGAUGAUGAUGGCGAGCUUGGGGACCAGUCUCAUCCUCAGAUGCAAUCAUCCAUGUCCAGUGAUAUGGACAUCAUGCCAUACACUCCUCCACAGUCAACACCCAAAUCCAUGAAGGGACUAUCAAAGAAGGAGGGCUCCAAGCGUAAAAUCAACAUGAGUGGCUACAUCCUGUUCAGCAGUGAGAUGCGGGCGGUCAUUAAAGCCCAGCACCCAGACUUCUCCUUCGGGGAGCUGAGUCGUCUUGUUGGGACAGAGUGGCGAAACCUGGAGGGGUCCAAGAAAGCUGAAUACGAAGAGCGAGCAGCCAAAGUGGCCGAGCAGCAGGAGCGAGACAGGGCUCAUCAUCAGACGUCCCCAAGAGCAGGUACCCCAGUAGGGGCUCUGAUGGGGGUGGUGCCUCCCCCAACCCCCAUGGGGAUGCUAAAUCCCAGCAUGACGCCUGUGUCAGGUAUGAUGGGGAGACAUAGGUUAGCUAUGAUGCACCUCUCGCGGGGCCACACUGACAGCAUGGUUAGUAUGACUGGCAUCCCACCACAUCACAUGGGGGUGCCUGUCUUUCCCCAACAUCUCCUGCCUGUAUUGCCUGGGUUUCCUGGAAUGCCAUACUUUGGGGUCGGUGGCAUGGCAGGUGGAUCAGGAAACAUGCAUGGAUCCCAGAUGGGUUGCUCAGGGCAGCAGGCUCCACCACCCUACCCUGGACAAGGCCACGUUGGGCAACCGGCUCUCCAGCAGCCCUCCACUCCAGUGUUCGUAUCCCCACCAGCCAAGACUCAGCGGCUGCUCCACUCUGAGGCUUACCUCAGAUACAUCGAGGGACUCACUGCAGAGUCCUCCACCAUCAGCAAGUGGGACCACGCUCUCUCAGUUAAGAGACAAGAUGUGCGUCUGACUAAAGAGCAAGAGAGCAGACUACCAUCCCAUUGGCUGAAGAGUAAAGGGGCCCACAAGACCAUGGCAGAUGCACUUUGGCGACUCCGUGACCUGAUGCUACGAGAUACCUUAAAUAUCCGUCAGACAUACAAUCUGUAACAUGCUCGUAUUCUGAGCCUCUUAUCCCCAUGUACCUGUGAGACAGGAAAAGGAUUAAGCUCACUAAAAGUGUUUACUUUGUGUUGUCAUUUGAAGACGUGUUUGUAGUCAUUUCAGCUGCUUUUUGUUUAACACUUAGAUAAACUGUUACAAGUGCACUAUUGUAAAAGACUGUCAUUCUGUGAUGAUUGCCUUCAUGCUUUCAUGAUUAAAAUAUGAAGACAUCA